UUUCCACAGCUGAUUGUGAUUGUAGCGCUUUACGGCGCAAGAUCCAAGUCACCAUCUUGUCAAAGGAAAGAUAUAGUGAUAUAGUAACUGGUGACCGAUAGUAGAUUUUCAUUCUUUUGAAGGUCAUACGCGGUUUACUUAAAUUACAAAAAUGAAACCUAAGGCAGAUCUAUUGACUGAAUCUGCGUGGAAGCAAUUGCAACAAUAUUUUGACAGCAAUGGUUCGAAAAUUAAUAUAUAUAACAUGUUUCAACAGGAUUCUAAACGUUUCGAGAAAUUUAGCUUGGAAUUGUCUACACCGCAAGAUGGACCUAUUUUGUUAGAUUAUUCUAAAAACAGGAUUAAUGAAGAAGUACUUGGCUUAUUAUUCAAUUUGGCUCGUGCACGAGAAGUAGAAGCUGCAAGAAAUGCUAUGUUUAAUGGUGAAAAGAUCAAUUUCACAGAGAAUAGAGCAGUUUUACACAUUGCUUUGCGUAACAGAAACAAUACACCAAUAUUAAUAGAUGGAAAGGAUGUGAUGCCUGAUGUUAAUGCAGUGUUAGAGCAUAUGAAAAAUUUCACCAACGAGAUACUGACAAAAGAAUGGAAAGGCUAUACUGGUAAACCUAUUGAAGAUGUUGUUAAUAUUGGAAUUGGUGGUUCUGAUCUAGGUCCUCUUAUGGUAACUGAAGCUUUAAAAGCCUAUAGUAUUGGACCGAGAGUUCACUUUGUUAGUAACAUUGAUGGUACUCAUAUAGUAGAAACUCUUAAAAAAUUAAAUCCAGAAACAACUUUAUUUAUAAUAGCUUCAAAGACAUUCACUACACAAGAAACUAUAACUAAUGCAACUACUGCCAAAGUGUGGCUUUUAAAAGCAUUGAAAGAUGAAGCUGCAGUCGCCCGUCAUUUUGUAGCAUUGUCGACUAAUGGACAAAAAGUUAAAGAAUUUGGUAUUGAUGUAAAAAAUAUGUUUGGUUUUUGGGACUGGGUUGGCGGACGUUAUUCAUUAUGGUCAGCUAUUGGGUUAUCAAUUUGUUUGUCAAUUGGUUUUGAUAACUUUGAAAAACUUUUAAGUGGUGCUCAUUUUAUGGAUCAACAUUUUUGCACAGCACCAUUGGAGAAAAAUGCACCUGUCAUAUUAGCCUUGCUUGGCAUAUGGUACCACAACUUUUAUAAGGCAGAAACACAUGCAUUAUUACCAUAUGAUCAAUAUCUACACAGAUUUGCAGCUUAUUUCCAGCAAGGGGACAUGGAAAGUAAUGGGAAAUAUGUUACUCGUUCCGGAAAGACUGUAAAUUAUUCUACAGGGCCAAUUGUGUGGGGGGAACCAGGCACUAAUGGCCAGCAUGCAUUCUAUCAAUUGUUGCACCAAGGUACAAAACUUGUGCCAGCAGAUUUCAUAAUUCCUGUUCAAACUCAGAACCAGAUUGCUCCGCAUCAUACGAUUUUACUUGCUAACUUCUUUGCACAAACCGAAGCUUUAAUGAAAGGCAAAAAUGAGAAUGAGGCUCGAACAGAAUUGCAAAAAUCAGGAUUAAGUGCCGAACAAGUAGACUCAAUAUUACCACAUAAGAUAUUUGAAGGAAACAGACCAACAAAUAGCAUUGUGGUAAAGAAAUUAACACCUUUUGUUCUUGGUGCUUUAAUUGCCAUGUACGAGCAUAAAAUUUUUGUACAAGGAAUCAUCUGGGACAUUAAUUCAUAUGACCAAUGGGGUGUGGAAUUGGGGAAACAAUUAGCUAAAGCGAUUGAACCAGAGCUGACGAGCGCAGAAAUUAUCACAACGCACGAUUCAUCAACUAAUGGCUUGAUAGCAUUUGCUAAACAGCAUAAAGCCUAAAUACCUAUUUAGUGAUGUUCUAUUGUAAAAUGUUUCAAAUAAGUAUAAUCGAAUAGCUCUAUUCCAAGUUGCAUCAGUUAAUGUAUAUUAGAGUGUUUAUGUAGUUGGUGAAAAAAAUUGUAAAAAUAAAUAAAAAUAUAUAAUUUUAGUUA